CACGUCUGCUGCGAUCACGGCACUCGAAAAGGGGAUAACCAAUCGUAUGAAAAUGAGAGCAUGAUCUUUUCUGUUAGCGAGACAUGGCGGCUAAUGGCAAAGACCAUCUUCUUGAAAUUGUUUCCAAAGUUUGGCCCAUCAAGACAGCACAAUGUGAAGUGAAACAUAGGAAGGUGGAAGUAUUUAAGAGAGCUGAUCAAGAUCAGUUGAAAGAAAUAUUUUCGCAGUAUGCCAGUGUUGUAGAAGAUGGGGAACAGUACAUGACCUAUGGCGAUCUCAUACAGAGGUACCUGGGCUUUCUUGGCGAGAAUUGUGAUGAAUACACAUUGAAGCUGUUCGCUUCCAGUGUAGACACCUCCAGAGAUGGGAAGAUUUCCUUUACAGAGUUUCAGGCCUUUGAGGCCCUUCUUUGCCUGCCUGAUGCCAUGUAUGCUCUGGCCUUCCAGGUUUUUGACAGGAAUGGGAAUGGAUAUCUUUCAUGCAGUGAAUUUGAAGAUAUUAUCAAACACACAACACUGAAUCGAGAAAUUCCCUUCAAUUUUAACAGUGAAUUUAUAUCACUUCACUUUGGGAAGGACAAGCAAAGGAAAAUUACUUACUCAGAGUUCACUCAGCUGAUCCAUGACUUUCAUGAAGAACAUGCAUUGCAAGCAUUCAGAAGGCGUGACAAGGGGGACACUGGAAGCAUAAAUCCCAAGGACUUUGAGGAGAUCAUGUGCAAAUUAAAAAGCUAUCUUCUCACACCCUUUGUGAAAGAAAAUCUGGUGACAGUUGCAGUGGGUGGAGGUCAUCGACAGAUCAGCUAUGCUUACUUCACUGCUUUUGUAUCAUUGCUGAAUAACCUGGAACUGGUUCAGAAGCUAUACUUAGCCUGUACUCGUCGUGAUAAAACUAUGGAGGUCACUAAAGAGGAGAUGAUGUACCAGGCCCAGGAAUUUUCUCAGAUUACACCACUGGAGAUUGACAUUCUGUUCCAGCUUAUUGGCCUGAAACACCAAACGGGGAGAAUAAAAUAUGAAGAUAUAACAGAUCUUACACCUGCUGAAGGGAGGGAAACCCCAUACUCUAUCCAGAUGCAGAUAGCACAGGAAAAGUUAGCCCUAGAACAAGGUACAGAGAGGACAUUUGCUUUGGAGGUGUUGGAGAGUGUUUAUAGAUUUGCCUUGGGUUCUAUUGCCGGCGCAACUGGUGCAACUGCCGUUUACCCAAUAGACUUAGUGAAAACCAGGAUGCAGAACCAGAGAUCUGGUCCCAUGGUGGGAGAGUUGAUGUACAAGAACAGCUGGGACUGCUUCAAGAAGGUCAUUCGUCACGAAGGGGUGCUGGGGCUGUAUCGAGGCCUUGGGCCCCAGCUGGUGGGCGUCUGUCCAGAGAAGGCCAUCAAGCUUACGAUGAAUGACUUGAUGCGAGACAAGUUGACUCGUAAAGAUGGCUCCAUUCCUCUAUGGGCAGAAAUGGUUGCAGGAGGCACUGCUGGGGCAUCACAAGUGAUGUUCACCAAUCCCUUGGAAAUCGUGAAAAUUCGACUGCAGGUGGCUGGUGAGGUUCAUGGAAAGUCCAAAGUUAGUGCUUUUACUGUCAUCAAAGAACUGGGCUUCAUGGGUCUCUACAAGGGGUCCAGAGCUUGUUUUCUGAGAGACAUACCUUUUUCAGCCAUUUAUUUUCCUGCUUAUGCCAAUGUUAAGAAGGCAUUGGCUGAUGAAAAUGGGUACAAUUCAUGGGGAACUCUCCUUCUCUCUGCAACCAUAGCAGGUAUGCCUGCUGCUGCCAUUCCUACACCUGCUGAUGUGAUUAAGACAAGAUUACAGGUAGCGGCCAGGACCGGACAGACCUCGUACAACGGAGUGAUCGACUGUGUCCGCAAGAUCUACAGAGAGGAAGGAGGCUGGGCCUUUUGGAAGGGGACACCAGCUCGAGUGUUUAGAUCCUCUCCCCAAUUUGGAGUUACACUGCUGACCUACGAAGUUCUCCAGAGAUUGUUUUAUGUGGAUUUUGGUGGAAGGCGUCCAGAGGGAUCAGAACCUCAGUCCACUCAACUGGAGAAGCAGCUUUCUCGGAACCCGGACCACAUUGGUGGCUACAGACUGGCUCUGGCUACCUUUAACGGAAUGGAAUCUAAGUUUGGACUGUGUCUACCCAAAUUUAAAAGCUCAAUGCAAACAUGAUUAGUAAAGAAUUUAGGUUGUUUAUCAGAAGGACUUUAGGUUUAUUUUUAUCUGAAUUAGGAUAGGUGUUUAAGCAAUUCCUUCAAACCCCUGUGUUAUCUGCAGAUAGACAAGAGUUGUCUAUACUGUUUGACUUUGUUGCUAUUUAUAGAUUAUUGUUAACUAGGGAUACUCAAGAGUUACAUGUAUGUGUAUUGAAAUUUUUGUUUUUACCAUUAUUUACAUGUAAUAUAGGUUAGGGUAAUUAAAAUAAGAAAGUACAAUGUACAUAUAUUUUUAUUUUUGGGCUACAUAAACUAUGCCGUAUAAAAAGUUGAAAAAUUUAUGGUUGAUGUCUAUUAGUUUAAUUUUGUGAAAUGUUGGACAAAUUGAAAUCGAUGUGAUAUGCAUGCUUAUGUAUUUACUUAGCCAAAAUUCUCAGUGGAAGUUUUAUUUUUGAUGCUUGAAUGUAACAGAAAGAGUAAAUGUAACCUCUAAUGUAGGUAAGCUAGGAUUUAGGAAAAAAAUUUGCUGUAAAUAGAUGUAAAUAAUUUUCAGUUUUUGCAUCAAUGAAUAGUAGUGUGAAAGAUUUACAUGUAAACAUUUGUCUUUCUUACUCUUGAAUAAAAAAGAAUUAAAAAUGAGAUAGGAAACAGCAGCUGAUUAGAAUUAAUUUCAUCUAUAACCUGAUAAAAUCUAAUUAAGGAACAAUACAUACACUGUAGAUGCACAUGAAUGGAUAUACAUGUACACUUUACAUGCAUCUGCACAUGUAUGUAUAAAAAAAAUAAUUUUCGCUCUGAUGCUAUAAGAUCUGAAGAUGACAUAUACAUGUGAUAUCCAUAGAUUUCAUACUGAAAUGAUUCCUUUUAAGUACUGGGUACUUUCCUGUAUAUAAUACAUGUAAUUUUCAAAUAACAAAUUUGAAAUUUUUUUUGUAGUAACUCAUUUUUGAUUAACCAGAACCAAAAGAAAAAAAAUGAAUGCCUUAUCUUUAGACAUUGAUUAUGUGUGGAGUUCAGUACAAUGUAAUUUUUAUGCUAAAGAACAAAAGAAGGACUAAAUUGGAUAUAAAUGCAUUUCAACACUUGAAUCAUCUUAUUUUGCCAGGGGUUUAAAGUGUGUUGUAUAGUUUGGUUUCCAUAUAAGACUAUCUCCAAAAACAUUUUAUAAAAUUAAUUUUCUUGACUCUUGUAUAAUUAAAUUUCAAAUAAGAAUACAUUUAAGAAGUAAUGGUUUUUCCAUUUUAACUUUGAAUGCAUGCAUGAUAUUUUAACAUCUUUUAUCUAAAGAAAAUGUUCGGUAUGUGUUUUGAACAUUUUUCAGCAGUUGUAUGUGGUGUUGUUACAAGUUAAAGAUAAUCAAAAAAUGGUCCAGUUUGCUCCAGCCAAUUGUUAUGCUGCAAUUAAUGUUAACAUUUAAAUGCUUUUUUUAAUGCAGAAAUAUUUUGUUUAACUACCGUACAUGUAUAUUGCCAAUAUUUUGUAAGAAUAGGAAAACUUUAGCCUACACUUUCAUACAUAAGUAUGAUAAUGUUGAAUCAGAAUGUCAGCCAGUAAAACAGGUAAUAUUUCUGUUAUCAGAAAAAUCCUCAUUUCACUGGAAGGAAAGUCAAUUCUCUUGAAUAAAGUGACUUGAAGAGGUAUAUUUCCUUCACAACAUAUUUGAUAAAGAAAAUGGUGCAGAUUUUAAUAUGUGACUGUUUAAUUGUUGCAUGAAAAUAAUGUUAUCUUCCAAGUAUCAGUGAAUACCUCUUUAUAUUAAUAGUUUUCACCUAGUCAUAGUUUUAUGAGUGCUUGUUUGAAGUUAUGGUUUACAUUUUUUCUAUUUAACUGUAACCAACUUAUACAGUACAUGUAAACAUAAUCAUAGCAAGUAAGAUUUGCUGUGGAGUUCUACUGACGGUGUAUUGUUUAUUUUUCUUCUUCUGGAUUUGCAUACCGAAGCUACAGAUAUUUUUACUUCUUUGAAUUUAUGUCGUAUGACAUUAACAAUCAAUCAUAUAGGGUUUGUAAUAUGAAGUUAAAUUUUCUUGUUGGCAAAAGUAAGGUUGAAGAGUAGCUUGAUGCUGCAAUGCAAAAAAUUGAUUCUGCUUAAUAAUUCAGUGUGCAAAUUUGUAAUACCUGUGUACAUUUAUUGGAUUAUUUAAAACAGAUUUUUAUUUAGUUGAAAAAUUAUUUCCAAGACACAUGUAUUAUAUACAAUAAUUUACAUGUAAGUUUGAAUUUGAAUUAUUUUUUUAAAGAAUUGAAUUGUUUAUUAAAGACAAUAAAGGUUGAUAAUGACAAAGAGAGACAAAAUAAAAGGUUUUAUACAG